AUGAAUGCAACUUGCAACGGCGACGACCUAUGGCCUGAUUCGCUCUACUACGUGUUCGGCGCCUACUUGGUCUUGCUGCUGGUGCUGGGCCUGCUGCUCAACGGCCUGGCGCUCUGGGUGUUCUGCUGUCGCAUGCACCAGUGGACGGAGACCCGCGUCUACAUGACCAACCUGGCUGUGGCUGACCUCUGCCUGCUCUGUUCCCUGCCAUUCGUGCUAUACUCCCUGAAACACACUUCAGAUACACCAGUCUGCCAGCUCUCACAGGGCAUCUACCUGGCCAACAGGUACAUGAGCAUUAGCUUGGUCACUGUCAUUGCUGUGGACCGCUAUGUGGCAGUGCGGCAUCCGAUACGCGCCCGUGAGCUGCGGUCCCCAAGAAAGGCUGCUGCAGUGUGUGUGGCCCUCUGGGUGGUGGUGCUCUCUUCCCUGGUAGUGCGCUGGCACCUGGGGCUGCAGGAGGGUGGCUUCUGCUUCAGGAACUAUGGCCGGCACAGUUUCAGCACCAUUGCCUUCUCACUGCUGGGCUUCUACUUGCCCCUGGCCAUCAUGGUCUUCUGCUCUUUGCAGGUUGUGACCGCGCUGGGGCAGAGGCCGACCACUGAUGUGGUGCAGGUAGAGGUCACCCGCAGGGCCACCCACAUGAUCUGGGCCAAUUUGGCAGUGUUUAUCAUCUGCUUCCUGCCACUGCAUGUGGUCCUGACGGUGAAGUUCUCCCUGGGUCUAAACACCUGUGCUGCCCGUUUCACCUUCAGCCGGGCCCUGUCCAUCACAGGCAAGCUCUCAGAUGCCAACUGCUGCCUGGAUGCCAUCUGUUACUACUACAUGGCCAAGGAGUUCCAGGAUGCAUCCAUGUCAGCCAUGUCCUCCAACACUCCCCACAAGAGCCAAGAUUCUCAGAGCUUGACCCUCACCUAGAAGCCAGCAUGCACCAUGGACCAGAGGAACCUGUGAUAUUAUCAAGGAGCCCCCAAAUCAUCCUGAACCUGACGUGGGUUUUGAACACUCUAGGAAGCUCAGGCAGCCUAGAGAGAUUGUGUCUGCUCCCCUGAAGAGACCAGAGGACUGAGACUAAAGAUCAACUUGAAGGACCCUGGAACCUGUCACCCUGGACCUGCCACCCCCGAGGCACCAGAAUGGGGCCUUGAUGGCCAGCCACUGGGUUUAGAACAGAGCUCUCCCCUGGACACAGUCCUGACAGGGCCCUCGGUGUCACCCAGAUGCAAGUGGUGAGAUGUAAAGAAGGAACAAAGAGCUCAAAGAGCCAGGAGAUCUCUUCUGAGAGGACCGUCUGAUGGCUGCCUCCUCUAGAGACCUCCAGACUUCAUGCUUCCUGUAGGGGUAGGCAGGAGGGCAGUGGCUGUGGUCUGGAAGGCUGUCCUCUAUGGCACAUGGCUGUCAGUGUUGCUUAGGCUCCGUAUUCGGGGGUUCCAGUUCAGGAGACCCCAUGGUCAUAAAACAAUGCUCAAUGCAGUAGCACGCUGCUGUUGAAGCCCUAAGCCUCUUGGUGGUGUUUCCAUUUUGUAGUGGGCCUGUUGAUCACAGGCUCAAUGGCUGUGGUGGUAGUCUGCUGGAGUUUGUUGUGAGGAAGAUUGAUAUUUGGCCUGGUACCUGCACUCUUGGGGGAUGUGGCCUGCAAGGGGUUCCAGAGACAAGGACCGGCUUCAAAGCCAGCUCGGGGGCUGGAGAGAUGGCUCAGAAGUUAAGAGCACUGCCUGUUCUACCAGAGGUCCUGAGUUCAAUUCCUAGCAACCACAUGGUGGCUCACAACCAUCUGUAAUGAGAUCUGGCGCCCUCUCCUGGUAUGCAGACAGAACACUAUAUUCAUAUAUAAAUCUUUAAAACUAGCGAAUUAACAAACAAACCAAAGCUAGCUCAGAGCCAGAGCACAUUUGGAGGUGUUGAUAGUCCUGGGCUUUCUCCCUCUGAACUUUAUCUUUUGUCUUGGUCCAAAUGCUGCAGCCAGAACCCCUCCAACUGGGAGUUCCUCUCCAGACUCCCAACUCCCACUUCAUCCUGCUCUUAUUGGUACCUCUUUCGUAUGACCUUUUCUGCAGAAACCAAACGUCUGUUUACCUUCCAGAUACCAAAGAAAGGAUUCCAUCCAAAUCCAGACAGGUGAACCAGUUUGCUGGAGUUACUUACCAAAGCUUGGUGACUCCAUGGUGACUCCAUCACUGCGAAGCCUCACUCAGCGUGGGUGACAACUCACAAAAAUAGCACCACUAGAUGACCAAUCCCUAGGAAAUGUCCACCUCGUAUAGACCUGGACACCCGCUCCAGACAAGAUGCAGAUGGGGGGUCACAGGGAGUGGUGGCUGGAAUCUCAGGGCUGCUGACCCUCAUGUUCCUGUAAAAGGGAAUGCUAACAGCUUCCGGACCAACAUCAGUCUGCUUACCACAGUAGUAUUUUGCUAAUUUCAUUGCCACGACUAUGGGCCAAGGUCUUGGGUGGAUCAUAGCAGCAGUGUUCUUGCUCAUGGCUGAUGAUCAUGCUAAGCUAGAGGAAAUGGCUUUCCUACCACAUUUGACCGCUCUUCCUUCAGCUCCCCUUUCCACACUCUGCAAUAUUCUCCAAACCUUUGCC